GUCUAGUAACGGGAGGAGGCCGAAGAAGCUGCAGAGAUGAGAGGCUGAGGUGGCUGCAUGCCCGUUCUCCCUAUCCUGAUGGAAUUUGGGAGUCACGAGGCCUCUGUCAUAACUUGGCGUUAAGGAGCGGACAAGGAAGACCACUGCUCUGGUCAGCCCUCACCCCUGCGGCCCGGAAACGGAAGUGACAGAUACGGAAGUGGCCUGCUGUUGCCGAGGGGACGGGCCAGACAGAUGCCAACAUGGCAACGGUUGGGUCUGGUGGUUCGACCGCGGCGGCCGGGCCAGGGGCGGUCUCCGCGGGGUCGUUGGAACCUGGUACCGUGAGUGCGGCUCACCGGCGCCUCAAAUACAUAUCCCUAGCUGUGCUGGUGGUCCAGAAUGCCUCUCUUAUCCUCAGCAUCCGCUACACCCGCACACUGCCUGGCGACCGCUUCUUUGCCACUACUGCUGUGGUCAUGGCCGAGGUGCUCAAAGGUCUCACCUGCCUGCUGCUGCUCUUCGCACAGAAGAGGGGUAACGUGAAGCACCUGGUUCUCUUCCUCCACGAGGCUGUCCUGGUGCAGUAUGUGGACACAUUCAAGCUUGCAGUGCCCUCUCUCAUCUACACCUUGCAGAAUAACCUCCAGUAUGUUGCCAUCUCCAACCUGCCAGCUGCCACUUUCCAGGUGACGUACCAGCUGAAGAUCCUGACUACAGCCCUGUUCUCCGUGCUCAUGCUGAACCGCAGCCUUUCCCGGCUGCAGUGGGCCUCCCUGAUGCUCCUCUUCAUGGGUGUCGCCAUUGUCCAGGCACAGCAAGCAGGUGGUGGGGGCCCACGACUACUGGAUCAGAACCCUGGGGUGGGCCUAGCGGCUGUUGUGGCCUCCUGUCUCUCCUCAGGCUUCGCAGGUGUCUACUUUGAGAAGAUCCUCAAAGGCAGCUCAGGCUCUGUGUGGCUGCGCAACCUGCAGCUGGGCCUCUUCGGCACGGCACUGGGCCUGGUGGGGCUCUGGUGGGCUGAGGGCACUGCUGUGGCCCACCGCGGCUUCUUUUUCGGGUACACGCCUGCUGUCUGGGGCGUGGUGCUCAAUCAGGCCUUUGGUGGGCUACUGGUGGCUGUGGUUGUCAAGUACGCUGACAACAUCCUCAAGGGCUUUGCCACCUCCCUGUCCAUCGUGCUGUCCACUGUUGCCUCCAUCCGCCUCUUUGGCUUCCAUGUGGACCCGUUGUUUGCUCUUGGCGCUGGGCUGGUCAUCGGCGCCGUCUACCUCUACAGCCUUCCCCGAGGUGCAGCCAAAGCCAUAACUUCCACUUCCACCUCUGCCUCCGGGCCCUGCACUCACCAGCAGCCUCCUGGGCAGCCACCGCCACCCCAGCUGUCUUCCCACCGUGGAGACCUCAGCACGGAGCCCUUUCUGCCAAAGUCAGUGCUGGUGAAGUGAGGGCUGGCGGCGGUAUGGGAAGACAGGGUGGGGGACUGGGUGGAGGGUGUUGGGCAUCUGCAGGACCCAAGUCGCUACUUGGGGCCUGGCUCCUCUGGGGUUGGAAGUCUUUUAUCCCAGGUUGUUGAGACUUCCAGAAGGGCAUGGGGCUGGGCAGGUGUUACAUGAGACCUUUCUUGACUGCUGACCUCCCCCUCCUCUGGAGGGGUUUUUUAAGCCACCUCCUCCACCCCAGUCUAACCCCUUUGAGGACCAGGUUGGUGGUAUUGUCAUUUAAGGCCUUUUUGUCUGCCCUCCUCCUUCAGCCAGAGGUGUCCUGUCUCAUUCCUGGGAGAGUCCCUCCACCUUUGUAAGGACAAAUUGGACAAAAAUCCUACAGCUUUUUAAUGACUGAUGCCUACCUGUGGGGUUUCAUUUCCCAUAGCUCUAGGCCUUCUCCCUCACAAUCACACUGGAUCAUGUUAGCACCUGUCUUUUUGUGGCCUUCAGGCAGCUUCCUUGACACUGAGAUCCCAGAAAAUGGGUCUCUUGUGAGCACCCAGGGAGAGGUAGGGGCGAGAGCUGACAUUUUUGCAUCAGCCUGGUCUAGAAAUAGGCACAGUUUGGUUUUUAGUGGUUUGGGGAUUUGUGUAGUCAUAUAAUGAUCCAGAGUGUGGGAAAAGCAGGGAGGGAGGUCCUUGAAGUGGCUGAAUCUCAUUGAAUCUAAGACACUGUCAGUUGCCAGAUACAGGGUUCUUUUCUGAGACAUCCUGAGAAAAAAAUAAAGCUGCCAACCACACUUACUACCCCACUGGCUGAAUGAGGCAUUUUUACUUCAUGGGGUGGGGGGUGUCUUAAAUUUGCUGAAAUAUGGAACCUGCCCCAUGCACUUCUCAAAGCUUAUUAAUCCCCUAACUGUCGUGUGUGUGUGUGUGUAUGUGUGUGUGUGUGUGUGAGAGAGAGAGAGAGAGAUGCCUGGGCUUUGCUAUGUGUAAAUAGGGCCGUUGGAUCUUUAUUUUUGAUUAACUUGUUCUGAUUUUUGGUUUGUUUUCUAAGGAACUGUAAUGAACAAAUGUCAGGAUAC